GGAGCCGCGGGGCUUCGCCGCCGCCUCAGCACUGAGGGACAAAGACGUUAACGCCUCCCUGCCUGAUCGCGCCUCGGCCCUCCCUGCCUCCAAGGACAAGAAAACCCAAAUCCAGGAUUUCUUACCACCAGCAGCAGCAGCCGGCCCUCACGGACAGGGCCUCGAGACGGCCUGUGCGAGCCCAGCGCUUGCCGGGUCUGGGGAGGCGUCAAAAGACCCUGUGGCCACUGGAAAGACGAGCAGGAGCGAAGGGCUGCACCGUGCUCCCGGUCCUGCGGCCGGCCCCGUCAUUACCGUAGAAGAUGAGUGGGAUGACAUUGACGACUUCGAUUUGUCAAGAAUCGAAAAGAAGUAUUGCAGACCACCGGUCCUGUCCCCCAAAGGGCAGCGGGCCUCCUGCAAGGCCUCCCAGAGGUCAAACCCUUGCCGGGAUGAGCCGCUGGUCUCUCCCGGGACUGUGGGCGACGACGUGGGGCCUCGCAGACACGUGGAGUCCUCUCUAGAGGCUGAACAACGGCCCUUGUCGCAGCAAUCUCUCAUCUGUCUUGAGGAUUCAGCUCCCUGCAGUGGUAACAAGGCUGUGGGUGAGGACCUUUGGGAGAAUCUAUCUGCUGACGUGAUUUCGGAUGAUGAAGGGCAAGAGGCUCACCCAGCUGCUAAUGAUGGAAGUGGUGAGAGCCAGAGGCCAAGCAGUGCUGAGAAACAUAGCCCCCCUGAGCUGGCAGAGGCCAACACUGAGCUGGUUGCAGGCCCUGAGCUUGAAGAGGAUGAUUACUUAGAUAUCAUUCCACCCUCCCCUGAAGAAGAGCUGCCUUCCUUCUUGCCUUCUGUAAAAAGUAUUAGUAGUAUUUUCAAAGAAUCUCCUACUGGUGGAAGAUCCACAGGUAGCAGCAUUGAGUCCCAGGUUGCCACAACUCAGCCUCUUGCUGGAAGUGAUCCUGGUGCGGAGGCUGCAGAUGAAGGCGGGUGUUUGGCGCAGCAGCUCUACAGCAUCAUGGACGGUAUCUGUCAGCUGGUGGACGCCAUCCCCCUCCAUGAGCUUCAGUCCCUGUCGUGCGCAAGGGAGCUCCUCCAGCAGAGAGAUCUCAGGAGAAAAUUACUAGGAAAUUCUAUUUCCUGGAACAAAAGUAGCCCAAACAACACUUUUCCUAGAAACUGGAAGGCAUGUGUGGAGCGGGGCCCUCUUGCUUGUCCCGGUGAUACUCCGUGUUCUGGCCCCAACUGGAGCUUCAGUUCUGGCAGAAACUCGCCAAAAUCCACAAACCUCCCGUCUCUGCUUUCUGGGACUGUUAAUUCAAGCAGUUUUUCUAUCAAAACCAAUCAAACCUUGGGUACCUCUUACGUUUCAAAGCAAAGUCUUGAGGAGAUCACCUGCCCAGAACCCACAGUGCUGAAUUCUCCCAAGGUAAAUGGCCAAGAGGGAGCUUCCUCCAGCCUCCAUUCAACGUCCUCUGACAGCAGCUGGUGGGGAAAACCGGGGCUGAGAAACGGUGGGGAUGGUCAGCGGAUGGAGAGGCCCCUCACGAGCACAGCUCUGAAAGCUCAGAGACAAGGUCCCUUGGGCCCCCCUGCAGAAGGCAGUCUGGGUCUCAACGAUACAGACUUUGACCUCGAUCCCUUUGAUUUUGAUGAGGGCUGGGAGAAUUUGGAGAAUGUUUCAGCACCUGAGACGCCCUCCACGCUGUUGUACCAGCCCAUCCGGGAGGGGCCCCCUGCCCAGUCGCUGCUGUCAAAGAUCAUGUCCAGAGCCAAAGGAUCUGCCCUGGCAUCAAACCCUACUGCUCCAAAAUCAACAUUCUCGACGGCAACAAAGAACCAUUCAGAUCUGCCAGUUAAUAACCCUGCACUGGAACAUUUUAGGGGUAUGAAAUUCUCUCAUUCUGAAGAAAUGAUGAAUAUAUUUCACAAAAAGUUUGGUUUGCACUAUUUUCGGACAAAUCAGCUGGAGGCCAUCAAUGCUGCUCUUCUGGGUGAAGAUUGUUUCAUCCUAAUGCCCACAGGGGGUGGUAAAAGCUUGUGCUACCAGUUACCAGCGUGUGUCUCUGCCGGAGUCACUAUCGUGAUCUCUCCAUUGAGGUCGCUGAUAAUAGAUCAAGUUCAGAAGCUGAAGACUCUAGAUAUUGCUGCAACAUACCUGACUGGUGAUAGAACGGAUGCUGAUGCUUCAAAAAUAUAUAUGCAAUUGUCAAAAAAAGAUCCUGUAAUAAAGCUUCUGUAUGUUACCCCUGAGAAGGUCUGUGCAAGCAACCGACUGAUGUCAGCCUUGGAAAACCUCUACAACAGGAAACUCCUUGCGCGUUUUGUCAUUGAUGAGGCCCACUGUGUCAGCCAGUGGGGUCACGAUUUUCGACAAGACUACAAACGGUUGAAUAUGCUCCGCAGGAAGUUUCGCUCUGUUCCUAUGAUGGCUCUGACUGCCACUGCCAACCCCAGAGUGCAGAAGGAUGUUCAGAAUCAGCUUGAGAUGCUAAAACCACAAGUGUUUACAAUGAGCUUCAACAGGCAUAACUUGAAAUAUGAUGUAUUGCCCAAGAAGCCAAAGAAGGUGGCAAUGGAUUGCUUGGAAUGGAUUAAAAAAUAUCAUCCCUAUGACUCUGGAAUAAUUUAUUGCCUUUCACGUCAUGAGUGUGACACGACAGCAGCUAUUCUGCAGAGUCAAGGUCUUGCUGCGCUUGCCUACCACGCUGGCCUCACUGACUCCAACAGAGAUCUUGUACAAAAGAAGUGGAUUAAUCAAGAAGGUUGCCAGGUUAUAUGUGCGACAGUUGCCUUUGGAAUGGGAAUUGAUAAACCUGAUGUACGCUACGUUAUCCAUGCUUCUCUUCCCAAAUCUAUAGAAGGUUACUAUCAGGAAUCUGGCAGAGCUGGACGAGAUGGCGAGAUGUCCCACUGCCUGCUCUUCUACAGCUACAGUGAUGUCACCAGACUGAGAAGGUUGAUACUGAUGGAGAAAGAUGGAAACAGUCACACGAGAGAGACCCACUUUAACAACCUGUACAGUAUGGUUCACUACUGUGAGAAUGUCGUUGACUGCCGGCGAAUUCAGCUUUUGGCCUACUUUGGGGAAAGUAAUUUUAAUCCCACCUUCUGUAAAGAUCACCCGGAAGUAACCUGUGAUAACUGCAGUAGAAAGAAGGAUUACAAAUCAAGAAAUGUAACAGAUGAAGUGAAGAGCAUUGUAAGAUUUGUACAAGAGCACUGUGGACAAAUGGGACGAAUAAACACAAAGAGAAAUACACGUUCUGGAAGGUACACGCUGAACAUGAUGGUGGACAUCUUCUUGGGCACAACGAGUGCAAAGAUUCAGUCCGGAAUAUUCGGGAAGGGAGCUGCCUACUCCAGGCAUAAUGUUGAAAGGCUCUUUAGAAAACUGGUCUUGGACAAGAUUCUGGAUGAAGACUUGUAUAUCACAGCUAAUGACCAAGCGGUAGCGUAUAUAGUUCUAGGAGAGAAAGCUCAGGCUGUGCUAAAUGGAUCACUACAGGUGGAGUUUCAUGAAACAGAAAGUGCCAGUGCCAUCAGAAAGCAAAGGGCUUCCAUGGCAAAAAUGUCCCAGCGGGAAGAGAUGGUUAAAAAGUGCCUUGGGGAACUUACAGACACCUGCAAAACGCUUGGGAAAGUCUUUGACGUGCAUUACUUCAAUAUUUUCAGUACUUCAACUCUAAAGAAAAUAGCAGAAACCUUGUCAUCUGAUGCGGAGGUUUUACUGCAGAUUGAUGGUGUCACAGAAGACAAACUGGAAAAAUAUGGUGCAGAAAUAAUUAAAGUGAUGGAUAAGUACUCUGAAUGGACCAUACCAGAAGAUGCUGCCUGCCAAAGUGUGGACACAGCUCCGAGAAGCACUGGCACACUUGAGAGUGAGGAAGAAGCAGAAGAUGUAGUUAAAACCUCAAGCUAUUUUAGCAAUAACGCAAACCAAAGAAGGAAGAGGAAAAGGCCGCCAAACUUUAGAGAAUCCAAGAGGAAGAAGACAAGUAAUGGUGGUAGCCAGCAGUUUCAUCCCAAAGGUGGUUACGGCAGGUACAGAAGGACAAAAAGGCCAUCUGGCUUGAAGGCUCCAGCUUCCUCCGGCUCCAGUUCAGCCUCCUACAGGGUUAGUGCUACACAAGCAGCUGCUGCAAAGCUGGGGAUCAUGGCACCGCCGAAACCCAAAAACAGACAGUUCCUUCAGCCUUGCUAUUCGGUGUUGUGACUAGGAAAAUGUAAAUACUGUAUGAAAUCAAGCCCUGAAGAUGUAAUCAAUGUCUAUUAAAUUUGUUUCAUUUGCUAAACCUUGCAAGACUUGUACAUUUGUCGAGUAGAAAGACUCACAUUAAAUGUU